AGAGAAAAAGAGCAGGACAGGACAGACCGACAGCCGCUUGGUCUCGCUCUGGGGUGGACCGCUACACGCGCACGAGACGCGGCAGAGCAGCGGCAGAGAAAGACUCAGCGGAGAACGGAUUCCUCUUUGUGUACUGUACACCAUAAUAAUUAUUAGUAUUAAAAUUGUCGUUUGGCGGGUUCGUUGUUAAUAACCGUUUAGCGGGAGAGUAUAGGAGAACUGUGCCGCUGCAACUAGAGUCGCUAUGGCCGCUCUAUCAGGAAGUGAGAUGUGCGUCAAAUACCUGAUGUUUGCUUUCAACCUCAUUUUCUGGCUUGCAGGUACAGGAGUGCUGGCUAUAGGGUUGUGGUUGAGGUUUGACCCAAAGACCAGAGGGCUGUUUGAAGGAGCAGAAUCUCCCCAUGUCUUCUUCACAGGUGUGUAUAUCCUCAUAAUUGCAGGGUCAUUCAUGAUGGUUGUUGGGUUCCUGGGAUGCUGUGGAGCGAUUCAGGAGUCACCGUUUAUGCUGGGGCUGUUCUUCUUCUUCCUCCUCAUCAUAUUCGCCAUUGAGGUCGCCGCUGGAAUCUGGGGGUUCUCCAACCAAAGCAAGGUGGUUGAUGACAUCACUCAGUUCUACUUGGAGACAUAUCAGAACUACCAGAACACUUCACAGGACACACUGAGAGAGACACUCCGCCUCAUACAGACCGGGUUGGACUGCUGCGGACCAACAGGUUCCCCUGUGGACUUUGCCAAAGACACCUGUCCCCCAAGAGAUGGGCUGGAUAGCCUCAUCACCAAGAGCUGUCCUGAUGCUAUAGAUGAAGUGUUUGACUCCAAGCUGCACAUCAUAGGAGGAGUGGGCAUCGCUAUUGGAGUCAUCAUGGUGUUUGGGAUGAUCUUCAGCAUGCUGCUCUGCUGUGCCAUCAGGAAGUCACGGGAGAUCGUCUGAUGAUGUUAUCAUUACCAUGACGAUGCCUUUUAAUGUUGCAUGAUGUCAUUCCUAGUCACAUGACUUUUGUUUACUUGUUGAGAAAGGUCGGCCUGAGAGCUAGCAGCUGCCAACCCACUGCCAACGAGUACUUUAGAUCCCCUAACCUCUGUAACAAGGAUCUGCUACACCUGGUGAUCCAGGGGAUCAGCCUGAGGACGGUGCUGCGCAGAAUCACCCUGUAUCCUAAACAUCUACUCAUGAAGUGAUCUAGGUUAGCAAAUCUGUGCAGUGCCUUUCUCACGCUGAUCCUCUCUAACAUGGAAUCUGUCCAGUGCUCAGGUCGACACUCCUAAACCAUCAUGGUGAUGUCACUGUUCACUGAUUGGCCCUGUGAGGAACUGGUUCAGGAAGUGAAAUAAACGUAACACAUUUGUGAUUUAUGAUGAAUUAAGAGAUCUAUGAAUAGUAGUCUAGAGGUGUCAUAAAAAAUGUUUUUGUAAUAUGAACACACUUUCAAUUACCACAACUGCUCAAUGAUUUAAAUUAAACUAUUGAUGGAAUAAUGCCAUGACAAUGUAAGCAACAUAUAUUAUAUUAAUGAUUGUAAUAAUAUUGUAUUGUGAUCACAUUUCUACCAAAAUAACAUCUGAAGGACCAGGGACGGUCCUAAGACAACUCCCUAUAGCAAAGCCACUCAAACUAUACCAUUCCUUAGCAAUAGCCAAUUAAAUCAGCACAAGUUCCCAAUGAUAUUGCAGGCUGUGGUCUGUGGUGAGCGUGGUUCUCCCGUUCUUUGAAAUAGAGGAGCAGCUUGGUCGCUCCAGUAGAGUACAAGAACCCCUCUUUCUCUUGAUCUCUCUUUCUCUCUCUCCCUCUCACACUCUCUCUCCUUCUUACUCUCUCCCUCUCUCUCUCUCCCUCUCCCUCUCACACUCUCUCUCCUUCUUACUCUCUCUCUCUCCCGCUCUCUCUCUCUCCCUCUCACACUCUCUCUCCUUCUUACUCUCUCUCUCUACCCAAUUUGAAAACGCCUUGAAGUCUGACUCUUUUAUAAAGCAGAUUUUUAUUGUUGCAGUCAUUUUUACAGUAUAUUUAGAUCUCUGUUAGAUUACAGUGACUUUUAUAACAUCCAUGCCAUUUCACACUGGUCUGGUUGGUUGAUGCACCAAAACAAAUGAGCCAAAUAAACUGUAACCUCUGAUCCUAA